AUGAUUCCAACGCUUGUCCGAAGAGCGGCGGCGGAGUCAUUACCACCGCAUUUGAAGAAUGCGCCGAGGACCUCCUUGGACCGUGUCUACAACAACAGUCGCUACAAGCCCAAGAAGGUCUGGCCACCCGACUUCUCCAAGCUGUCGCAGAAGGAACAGUUCCGUUUCGAGAAGAAGUACAAGCGUCGCGUCGUCUUGGCGACUGCGCGCCCACGAUGGGACAAGUAUGUCAAGAUGGCCCAGCUGUUCAGCGUCACGGGGGUCGCUGUGUAUAGUAUAUUGUUUAUGGAUUGGAAUACUGAACACCAGCCAUUUCAAGGGCUGCGAAACAGGUUCUGGGGGGCACUGGAGUCUUUCUCUCCUUCGAAACGCCACGAACGACGCAACGACCAGUAG